AUGGCUGCUGCAGAUUCACUUCCUCUUCUUACUCCUUACAAGAUGGGCAACUUCAAUCUAUCCCACAGGUAUUUCAUUUUCAGAGUUGUUUUGGCGCCACUCACCAGACAGAGAUCUUACAACAAUGUUCCUCAGCCGCAUGCUAUACUGUAUUACUCUCAGAGAACUUCUAAGGGAGGUCUUCUCAUAACUGAAGCUACUGGUGUCUCUGACACUGCUCAAGGGUUACUACACACGCCAGGCAUAUGGACGAAAGAGCAAGUGGAAGCAUGGAAACCCAUUGUGGAUGCUGUUCAUGCCAAAGGUGGAAUAUUCUUUUGUCAGAUUUGGCAUGUUGGAAGGGUUUCAAAUACAGUUUAUCAGCCAAAUGGGCAAGCACCAAUAUCGUCCACAGACAAGCCACUCACACCACAACUUCGUAGAAAUGGCAUUGAUGUAACACAAUUCAGCCCACCAAGGCGCCUAAGGACGGAUGAAAUUCCUCAUAUUGUCAAUGACUUCAGACUUGCUGCAAGGAAUGCUAUCGAAGCUGGUUUUGAUGGGAUUGAGAUCCAUGGGGCUCAUGGCUACCUACACGAGCAAUUUAUGAAAGAUAAACCGAAUGACCGAACAGAUGAAUAUGGUGGAUCCCUUGAGAACCGUUGCCGAUUUACUUUGGAUGUUGUUGAAGCUAUUGUCAAUGAGAUAGGGGCAGAAAGAGUUGGAAUUAGAUUAUCACCUUUUGCGGAUUAUGGAGAAUGUGAAGCCUCAAAUCCCAAAGAGUUGGGGCUUUAUAUGGCUAAUGCCCUCAAUAAAUAUGGUAUUCUGUACUGUCACAUGGUAGAACCAAGAAUCAAACUUAGUGGAGAAACAGUUGAAUGCCCUCACGGCCUGGUGCCAAUGAGAAAGGCCUUCAAGGGCACUUUUAUUGCUGCAGGAGGUUAUGACCGAAAAGAUGGGAUCAAUGCCAUAGCUGAAAACAGGGCAGAUCUUGUUGCUUAUGGUCGUUUGUUCUUGGCUAAUCCAGAUUUGCCAAAGAGGUAUGAGCUUGAUGCUCCUCUCAACAAGUAUAAGCGUGAGACAUUCUACACUGAUGAUCCAGUUCUUGGUUAUACCGACUACCCAUUUCUUGAAUGA